UUCUCUUUGUAUUUUUCAGUUUGACUCGCACUCCGCAGAUGUCAGAAGUCACUCGUCUUUUCCCCAGUUCUUCCACUUCCUCACUUCAUUGCAGAUCACAGCAAGGGAACGAGCUAAAUGACCAUCUGGAGACCAUUGAUUCCAACCUGGAUAACCUCCAAACCAUGCUGACCACUCACGGCUUCAGUGUAGACACUAGUGCUCUGCUGGACCUGUUUAGCCCUUCAAUGACGGUUACAGACAUGAACCUUCCUGAUCUGGACAGCAGCCUUGCGAGUAUCCAGGAUCUCCUCUCAUCCCAGGAACAGCAGAAACCUGCUGAGACAGAGGCCAGCACCGCAGACAUGGGAAAGCAGCUGGUGCACUACACCGCUCAGCCCCUCUUUCUGGUGGACUCAAGUGCUGUUGACAUGGGGAGCGGAGACCUGCCCAUCUUCUUUGAGCUGGGGGAAGGGCCAUAUUUCACCGAUGGCGAGGAGUACUCGGAAGACCCCACCAUCUCUCUCCUGUCGGGGACUGAGCAGUCCAAACCCAAGGACCCUGCCAUAUCCUAAGGCUGAGUGCGAGAAUACGCUCUAAAGGGAAAUCCAGCCACCAGCCUCCUUGCUUUGCACAGACAUUGAAAGCUCUAAACACCCUUCGGUCCAUGUUUGCUUCCCCCGGCACAGUGAGGAUUUCAUUUGUGUGUGUGCUUAAUGAGGUGUUUUGAAAUCUGCUUUAGAUUCUAGCCACCCGGUAUAGUGCUCCUCCAGGUUGGCAGUCUUGGGGGGCUGAGCAGUGCUGACCCCUGUGCUGUGGUUGUCAUCCGACCGGCCAGAGAGGCUAGACAGGCACUGGGGCUUGGAAGUGCAGGCGGGAGAUCUGGGUGCUCACAGGAUAGCUAGUCACUAAGUAAGAUUGUGUUUCGUUCUGCACUCCAGGCGAGGAGGGUGGCCAUGCCCUACACAAGGUCCCAACAGCUGGCAAAGGUCAGCAGGUGCUUUGCCCUUGCCAUGGAGACGGGGCGUGGCGGCAGGGCCGCACGAUGCUCCUGGGCAUGUAGAAGGGGUUGUGGGUUUGCGGCGGGGAAUACCCCUCCCCCCAGUGAGGUGGACGUGUUUUUUAAAGCUGGCGCUGAUGGGCUGGGUCCCUUGGUGGUCUCUGCCAUGCAGUUCGCUCCCUGUUGCUCUGUGUGUGUGUGGCAGGACCCCUCGGCUCCCCCAGCCCAGCCACGGAGAAGCCAAACUUCCUCUUUUCUUUUCUCUUGCUCCGUGUGUGUUUCUUUUCUUUGUGUUGUUUUUUGGUUUGAUUUGGUUGUUUUUGCUUAGCAGUAAAAAUUUGUACAUUUACACUUCAGAUUGUUAAUAGUAAAAACUGUAUUUUGGAUUUUUACAUGAGAGAAGAAGCGCCCACUUCUAUCUAUCUAUCUAUCUCUGUAUAUAUAAAUAUCUAUAUAUAUACAUACAAAUAUCUAUAAAACAAAUGGCCUCUCAUCUGGCGGCUCCUCUGUGGUCGAAAGCUUUAUUUUUGUCCUCUGUGUUGGGGGAGUGAAGCUGGCGGAGAAGAUCCUAGGCACUAGCCAUGGUCCUGAGAGCUGCUUGGCUUCCCCUGUAACUGCCUUUGCAGCUCUGGACGCUGAUGCGUGGGCCUGGCUCCAGGUGCUGGGUGCUCUGCCUUUGGAGCAGCAGCUUGAGCUGUUACCACCCUGUCCAUAAGAGCUGACAUUCCUGCUUCCAGCUUCAGCAAAAGAAAACAGCAGAUGCCGAAGUCAAGUUUCUCUUGCACAUCUCAGCAGAGCAGGGAAUGGCUCCAGGUUUGGGUGAUAGACGAUCUGGGGAUUAUUUUUGGGGGUGGAGGUCUUUAAAUUCUGUGUUGUGCUUUCCCUGCUGAGAUCCCACCCCAGGUUUAAGGGCUGAAUUUUCAAGGAUGUUUCUGUUUUUGACCCCAUUGGGGGUGAGCGUGCAGCUCAGCCCAUGUCGAUGUGCCAGACGUGUGUUGGACACUUGCACGCCUCUGAGGAGUGCUUUUUUAAUAAGAACAAUAAAAGAAAAAUUGCAUUG